AUGGCAGGUGGGGUUAAUGUGCAGGCCCGGGAGCUUCUCCCCGCCAACGUCAUCCCGCGACACUACCAUGUCACAUUGGAGCCCGACUUUAACAAACUGACCUUUGACGGCACCGUCGUCAUUGACCUCGACGUGGCCGAGGACUCGAAGUCCAUCUCGCUGCACACCCUCGAGCUCGACAUCCACAAUGCAAAGAUCACGGCCGGUGGGAACACGGUCAGCUCGUCACCUACUGUAUCCUACAAUGAGGCUACGCAGGUUAGCAAGUUCGACUUCGACAAUGCUGUCCCCGGGGGCAGCAAGGCGCAGCUCGAAAUCAAGUUCACUGGCCAGCUCAACGACAAGAUGGCCGGCUUCUACCGCUCGACAUACAAGAACCCCGAUGGCAGCGAGGGCAUCUUGGCCGUCACCCAGAUGGAGCCUACCGAUGCCCGCCGCGCGUUCCCCUGCUUCGACGAGCCCUCCCUGAAGGCCGAGUUUACCGUCACGCUCAUUGCCGACAAGAACUUGACCUGUCUGAGCAACAUGGACGUUGCUUCCGAGACAGAGGUCAAGUCUGAGCAAACCGGCAGCACCAGGAAGGCAGUCACCUUCAACAAGUCCCCGCUCAUGUCGACAUAUCUGGUGGCCUUCGUCGUCGGUGAGUUGAACUAUAUCGAAACCACCGAGUUCCGGGUCCCCGUCCGCGUCUACGCGCCGCCCGGCCAGAACAUCGAGCACGGUCGGUUCUCGCUGAACUUGGCUGCCAAGACGCUCGCGUUCUACGAGAAGGUCUUCGGCAUCGAGUUUCCCCUCCCAAAGAUGGACCAGAUUGCCAUCCCCGACUUCGCUCAGGGCGCUAUGGAGAACUGGGGUCUGGUCACAUACCGAGUAGUCGACUUGCUGCUGGAUGAGAAGGUCAGCGGUGCGGCGACCAAGGAGCGCGUCGCCGAAGUUGUGCAGCACGAGCUGGCUCACCAGUGGUUUGGCAACCUCGUCACAAUGGACUGGUGGGACGGCCUGUGGCUCAACGAGGGCUUCGCCACGUGGGCCUCGUGGUACUCCUGCAACAUCUUCUAUCCAGAGUGGAAGGUGUGGGAGUCAUAUGUGGUUGAUAACCUCCAGCGCGCUCUCGCUCUGGAUUCGCUCCGGAGCAGCCACCCGAUCGAGGUUCCUGUGAAGAAGGCAGACGAAAUCAACCAGAUCUUUGACGCAAUCUCCUACUCGAAGGGCUCCUGCGUUCUGCGCAUGAUCUCGACCUACCUCGGCGAGGAGACCUUCCUGGAGGGCGUCAGGCGGUACCUCAAGAAGCACGCCUACGGCAACACUCAGACCGGGGAUCUGUGGGCGUCCCUUGCCGAAGCCAGCGGCAAAAAGGUGGAGGAAGUUAUGGAUGUGUGGACCAAGCACAUUGGUUUCCCUGUGGUGACGGUAUCAGAGAAGGAUGACAAGACUGUCCAUCUGAAGCAGAACCGGUUCCUCCGCACCGGGGACACAAAGCCCGAGGAGGACCAGGUCAUUUACCCUGUCUUCCUCGGUCUUCGCACCAAGGACGGCAUUGACGAGUCCCGGACGCUGGAUAAGCGGGAGGGUACUUUUGAGGUGCCUAGCACUGAAUUCUUCAAGCUGAACGCAAAUCACACUGGUUUGUACCGCACUGCCUACUCGCCGGAACGGCUGAAGAAGCUGGGCGAGGCUGCGAGGCAGGGCUUGUUGAGCGUUGAGGACAGGGCCGGCAUGAUUGCCGAUGCUGGCGCUCUGGCCACAUCCGGUUACCAGAAGACUUCGGGUGUUUUGAGCCUCCUUAGGGGCUUUAGCACCGAGGCCGAGUUUGUCGUCUGGAAUGAGAUCAUCGCGCGUGUCUCUUCGGUGCAGAGCGCAUGGAUCUUUGAGGACAAGGCGGACCGUGACGCCCUGGAUGCGUUCCUGCGCGAUCUUGUGAGCCCCAAGGCGCAUGAGUUGGGCUGGCAGUUCUCGGAGAAUGACGGCCACAUCCUGCAGCAAUUCAAGGGUAUGAUGUUCGGCAGCGCUGGCCUGAGCGGCGACCAAACUAUCAUUGACGCGGCCAAGGACAUGUUCAAAAAGUUCAUGGCAGGGGAUAGGUCAGCGAUCCACCCCAAUAUCAGAGGCAGCGUCUUCAGCAUGGCUCUGAAAUACGGCGGAAAGGAAGAGUACGAUGCUGUGCUCAACUUUUACCGGACGUCGACCAACAGCGAUGAGCGCAACACGGCCCUGCGCUGCCUUGGGCGGGCCAAGGACCCUGAGCUUAUCAAGCAGACCCUGGGCCUGCUCUUCAGCGGGGAGGUCAAGGACCAGGAUAUUUACAUGCCCACCAGCGGCCUGCGCAGCCAUCCCGAGGGAAUCGAGGCUCUGUUCGCCUGGAUGACGGAGAAUUGGGAGGAGCUCAUUAAGAAGCUGCCGCCGGCGCUGUCGAUGCUGGGCACCAUGGUCACCAUCUUCACCUCGAGCUUCACCAAGAAGGAGCAGCUCGCUAAGGUGGAGAAGUUCUUCGAGGGCAAGAGCACCAGCGGGUUUGACCAGUCUCUGGCCCAGAGUCUCGACGCGAUCCGGUCUAAGAUCUCAUGGGUCGAGCGUGACCGGGCAGACGUGGCGGCUUGGCUGAAGGAGAAUGGAUACCGUUCGUAA